CCACGGCCAUUUGAUUGGGCCUCAUUCUUAACACUGUUUGUGUCUCUAAUAGCUACGUGCCAGUGUUUAUGUGCCAUCCGGGCGUCUUGGGCCUUCAUAUUAUAUCACUUCCCAUCAUGUCUGUCUGCUGUCCAUGCGUUAUCUCGAUAAAGCGCUUCGCGAUUCCAAUAUGAGGGUAACACGAGUCUGCGAAAGCUUGCUGUACAGCUUCAUCACAAUCAGUUUAUUAACUUGUGUUGUCGCGUCCUCGUUCCAAAUCGGCUCUUUCUCCCAUCACCUUUCCCGGCUAAGAAGAAGUCUCCCCGGAUCCCUGAUCACUGCGCCCGAGGGUGCAGUUGGAUACUACCAUCCACCCCUGGGGCCUGUUGCCGAUAGACCACAACCACAAACGCAAUCGAUAGAGACAUUGGGCGUACCGCGAAAGACCAAAGCAGCGACUGUGACAACGACUGUCCGAGAGUUUACGCAUGAAUUGAGACAAGCGCCAGGAGUAUCCGGCAAUAGAACUGCUACCCAACCCAAUAAUAACGUGGCUACAGCGACUACCACUACGACGGUCACUGAGCGCGUCAUGGCAGCAAAUGUGACGGCGAUGGCAGAUAGAGGCCGGUCAUUGAGCACAGCAGGUCUCCUCAUGUCAAUCUUCUUGUCUGUACUGCAUCUAUAGCUUGUUAGUGUCGUCUGAUGUAAAUAGCUGCCAUACGGCAUUGGGUUCCAAAUUCCUAGCAAUUCCUGUAUAUACUAGCUAAAUAUAAUUCAUUAUAUCUGAG